AUGGCGCCCGCGCCCGCGGCUGUCGUCGCAGCGGCGAGCCCGGCAGUGCUCCCUCGCUCAUCGUCCCCAAGGAGCAGACGUCCCCAGGGCCGUGCCUGCUCGUUUCGGUGCGCCGGGCCGAGCGCACGCCCCUCAACACUUGUGUCCUCCUCUCUGAAGUCGUGCUGCGCUGGCCAUCCCCGGAUUCGGCAGCCGUACGGACGGCCGCACUGCAGCCAGCAGCAGGCAGAAGUGGUGGGCAGCACCGUCGACGACGACGAGGCGUGCGAGCUGGUGAGCGGCUCGGACCUCGUCAUCGGCGAGGGCGACGACAGCGUCAGCGCGUACCUUUUCAAGGCCGUCAAGAACAACAACGGCACCGGCGUCCUCCUGCUCUCCGACAUCUUCGGCUUCGAGGACUCCGCCACGCGGGACUUCGCCUACCGCGUCGCCUGCAAUGGCUACAAUGUCCUGGUUCCCGACUUGUUCCGUGGGAACCCGUGGAAGCUGAACGUCCCGUUCGUCGCCGGCGGCGACAGCAUCCAGCAAUGGCUGGCCGGACAUGCCCCGGGGCGGGUGUCCGGCGACAUCGACGCGUGCACGCGGUGGCUGGUGGACGAGUUCAAAGCCGCGGGGGUGUCCAAGAAGCUGGGCGUGGUCGGGUUCUGCUACGGCGGCGGGCGCCUCGUGGAGACGCUGGCGCGUGACGCUGACGACAACUGCUUCAGCGCGGGGGUCUGCUUCUACGGGUGCCCGAUGGACGCGUCCCUGGGCGAUCGUAUCGCGGCGCCCGUCCUGUUCGUGUGCGGCGACGGCGACCCGUACUGCUCCGUGGAGAUGGUGCAGGAGCUGGAGAGGCGCGCGAGAGGCGCCCGGGCGGCGGUGUACGCCGGCAGGGGCCACGGGUUCGCGCACCGGCCGCAGUCGGUGGAGGAUGAUGCCGACGCCGAGAACGCGUUCAACGCGAUGCGGGGGUGGCUGCACGACCACCUGCUCGCCUGA